UGGGGAAUUCCAUGGCAGAUGCGGUAUCACAUUAUUAUAUAUAAUCGGAUUCCUUUAAGCCCUCGAAUACUCUCUCUUCAUUAUAGAAAAUACGCAUCUGAUUUUACGAACCAACUUGCAUAUAUUCAUAUCUUUUCAAUACUAGUUCGCUCAUCACCACACAACCUUCACAAUGUCUGAAAACGAAAAGCAAAACGCCGAUUAUGCCAGUGACGAUGUCCACUCAGAGACUGAAGAAGAGCCACAACAACAACAACAACAACAGCAACAGCAGCCUGUCCCGGCGCAACCCAAAGGCCAACGCACCAUGCAACGAGCGCGCCAAAACCGCAGCCAGAACGAGCCCCCAGCUCCUCAAUACCAAAACCAACAGAUGAUACCGGCAAACGAUCAGCAGCGUCUAACGGGCAAUAUGGGCGGGCCAACAGGCGCAAUCCGAGAGUCACGCAUCAAGGACCGCCCAGUGUCAAAGGAAACGCGGGACAGCAGCUUGAAGAUCAAGAUCGAGCUGGAUCUCGAAGUUGAGGUAGAUUUAUACGCUCGCGUGAAGGGAGAUGUUACCAUUGGAUUAAUGUAGUAACUUUGCCUCAGGUUGACCUCUACGCUAGAGUGAAGGGAGACGUGACGAUUGGCCUUCUGUGAGAGCUGCUGGUCCUGUGUUGUGGGUGUUAAGUAAUAGAGCUACGCGGCGAUUGGCCUUCUGUGAGAGCUGCCGGUCCUGCGUUGUGGGUAUUUAGUAAUAGAGUUACGCGGCCAUGAUAUCACAGGGGAAGAAAGGAUAUAUGAUGUGGGAUUUUUAGGUUUGGGUUUGGUGUUCAUGGAGAGAAUAAUUGCAACAACGAUGAGGGGGGUGGGAAUCAGGGCCUGUAUUUUUAGUUACAUAGUUACAAGCAAAUCGUGCUAAAGUACCGG